AUGUCAGCACCUAAUAACACGUCGGGUCCAGAGCCCCAAACUCCCCCGCAGACCUCGCCGGAAAUGUUCGAAGUCAACGAAAAGAAGGAUUACGAUGCCACCAACGCCCCCGUAUCCGACGAUGAACACAAGGAGAUUGGUGUCGGCAGAGUUGAAGCCUUCAACAAGGUCCUCUACCAGUCUGGCAAGAAGGGAAAGAUCUUGCUCUGGCUGCUGGGUGUCUCUAUCGGCUUGACCAUGUUCGCCUACGCGCUCGACAUGGGCAUCACCACCACCAUUUUCGGCACACUAGCAGCUUCCACCUUUGGCGUUCACAGUCAGCUUGGUACUGUCAACACAGCGGGACAAAUCAUUCGUGCCAUUAGCAAGCCCUUUAUUGGAAAGCUAGCCGAUAUCACAUCGCGACCUACGACUUAUGUGGUUGUCCUUGUCUUUUACGCUGUCGGCUUUGCAGUUGCUGCAAGUGCCUCUGGCUUUACCUCGUAUGUUAUCGGCAUCUGCUUCACAUCCGUCGGCAAGUCAGGUCUUGAUCUUCUCAGCGAUAUCAUCGUCGCUGAUUUGACACCCUUGGAAUGGCGAGGUUUCUUCAGCGCCUGUCUUGCUCUUCCGUUCAUCGUCACCGUGCCUGUCAAUGGCUUCAUCGCUGAAGGCUUUUACGAGGACUGGCGCUGGGGUCUCGGCAUGUUUGCCAUUCUCGUCCCCGUUCUUCUCCUCCCUGCCAUCUUCACCCUCUACACUAUGCAGCGCCGUGGUGAGAAGGCGGGAAUGGUCACCAUGGCUGAUUCCAAGGAUGUGCGAACUGGUCGUACCGAGGCCACGCCCAAGAACUUGACCUACUGGGCCAAGCUUGCCUACCGCGGUUUGAUCGACAUUGACAUUGUCGGUCUCAUCCUUCUUGGAUUCGCAUUCUCCCUCAUUCUUUUGCCUAUCACUCUGGCCAAGAGCGCCAAGGGCGGCUGGAACAACCCCAGCAUGGUUGCCAUGAUUGUCGUGGGAUUCGUCGUUCUCAUCCUGUUUGGUCUUUACGAGUACUUCCUCGCCCCCAAGCCCAUGAUGACCAAGCGCAUUCUUCAAAACAGAGCUUUCAUCGCUGGCGUUAUUAUCCACAUCUUCAACCAGAUGGCUUCGUCUGUGCGCAAUACCUACUUCUCGUCUUAUAUCCUCAUCAUCAAGGAGUGGACAACCUACCAGUGGACCAUCUUCCUUGGUAUCACCACCAUGGGUCUUUGCCUGGUCGGUCCUAUCGUUGGUCUCAUCCACCGAGUCUCCCACCGCUACAAGGGUCUCAUGAUCUUUGGUGCCGCGGCUAGAAUCCUUGGUUACGGUCUUCUUAUCAGUCCCAAUGGUAUGAUGACUGAGGAUACUGCGCGUCUUGUUGCAGCCCAACUCAUCUUCUGUCUCUCUUCCCUGAACGUCGUUGGUGUCCGAGUCGGUGUCCAGGCUUCUGUCCCUCACGACGACAUUGCCUCUCUCAUUUCCAUCAUCACUCUUUGGUCUACUCUAGGCUCUAGUGUUGGCAGUGCUAUUGCCACCAGCAUUUGGACCGAGCAGAUGGUUGACCAGAUGCACGUCGAGUUGCCCGACGUUGAUGACACCACCAUUGCCACUAUCUACGGCAACAUCAAGACCCUCAAGAAGUACGACUUCUUUGACCCCAUCCGUCAAGGCUCCAUUCGUGCCUACUCUAUCGUCAACGGUCACAUCACCAUUGUUUCUAUCGUCUUUGCGUGCAUUCCCCUCAUUGCCUCUUUCUUCAUGCCCAACUUCUACCUUGGUAAGCAGCAGAAUGCUGUGAACAACAAGGGUCUUGAUGGCGAGGUCGUUGAUGUUCCUAAGAACGGAGCGACGGAUGUGAACAGCACUGAGACAAAGCCUGCUACUUUCAUGCAGAAGAUGGCUGCCUUGUACCGCAAGUAA